ACCGCCCAUGUAGUAAGAUCGCUGUCUUCCCGGCCAAAUUCUGACAACAAUUCUGAUGUCAUGACAUGUAUUUGACUCCCUUUAUCCCCCACAAAUUAUGAUGGAUAAGAACGUCGGAUAAGGACUGCUACUCUCUCUUGAACCUCGUAGUUAAGCAGCUGCCUCUGGACCUCUGGAAGGAUGGAGACUCUGAUUCCCACCAUCAACCGGCUGCAGGAGGUCUUCCUCACCGUGGGUGCAGAAGUCGUACAGCUGCCGCAAAUAGUCGUGGUCGGAUCGCAGAGCAGUGGAAAGAGCUCUGUGCUGGAGAGCCUGGUCGGACGGGAUUUCUUGCCCCGAGGAUCAGGAAUAGUCACAAGACGACCCCUCGUGUUGCAACUUGUUAAUGUCGCUCCUCUGCAGGAGAGACUCAAAAACGAAAACGGAAAUGGGCUAAAACAAAAUGCCCAAAUCAGCUACCCAGGUGUCAAAGCUGAGGAAUGGGGAACGUUUCUGCACUGCAAGAACCAGAUCUUUACAGAUUUUCAGGAAAUCCGUCACGAAAUAGAAGCAGAGACCGAACGCAAUUCAGGGGACAACAAGGGUAUCAGUCCUGAGCCAAUAUACUUGAAGAUUUUCUCUCCCAAAGUCCUUAAUCUCACCCUGGUUGAUUUACCUGGAAUCACUAAGGUUCCGGUUGGGGACCAGCCAGAGGACAUUGAGGCACAGGUACAAGAGAUGAUCUUGUCUUUCAUCUCCAAUCCAAACUGCCUCAUCCUCGCAGUGUCCCCUGCCAACUCUGACUUGGCCACCUCAGAUGCUCUCAAAUUGGCUCGUGAGGUCGAUACAGAUGGUCGGCGAACACUGCUGGUGAUCAGUAAGCUGGACCUGAUGGAUGCAGGCACUGAUGCUCUGGAGGUCCUUUUGGGUCGUGUCAUUCCAGUCAGACUGGGCAUUAUCGGGGUGGUUAACAGGAGCCAGCAUGACAUCAAUACCCAGAAGAGCCUCGAGGACUCGAUGAGGGACGAGCAGGCGUACCUUCAGCGCCACUACCCCUCGCUCGCCUCGCGCUCCGGCUCGCGCUAUCUGGCUAAAACUCUCAGCAGGCUGCUCAUGCAUCACAUCCGGGAUUGCCUGCCGGAGCUCAAGACGCGUGUGACCAUGCUGAGUGCACAGUACCAGGCGCGACUCAAUGGCUACGGCCAGCCGGUAGAAGACCACAGCGCCACCCUGCUGCAGAUUGUCACCAAGUUCGCCAGCGAUUACUGCAACACCAUCGAGGGGACGGCCAGAUAUAUCCAGACCUCAGAGCUCUGCGGGGGUGCUCGGAUCUGUUACAUAUUCCAUGAGACCUUUGGGCGUACUUUGCAGUCCAUUGACCCCCUGGGAGGAUUGACUGAGCUUGAUAUCCUCACCGCCAUCCGCAAUGCUACUGGUCCGCGUCCCGCACUCUUUGUGCCCGAGGUGUCCUUCGAGUUGUUGGUGAAGCGGCAAAUUAAGCGACUGGAGGAGCCCAGCAUGCGUUGUGUAGAGCUGGUUCACGAAGAGCUGCAGAGGAUCAUCCAGCAUUGCUCCUCCUACAGCACGCAGGAGCUCCUGCGAUUCCCCAAACUGCACGAUUCCAUUGUGGAAGUUGUGACUGGAUUACUGCGAAAGCGCUUGCCAAUAACCAAUGAAAUGGUGCACCAUUUAGUCUCGAUAGAGCUUGCUUACAUCAACACCAAACACCCAGACUUCACAGAUGCGGCGCAGGUCUCUGCAUCUGUCAACAGUCAGCAGGCGGAGGCCCUCGAUGGAGGAAAGCGCUGGAAGAACGAGAAGGUUGUGGAAGAGAGAGUCCCGGCUGCAGCCUUUGGCAGUCCCAGCAAAGGCCAGUCCGUCAACCUGCUCGACACGGCGGUGCCUGCAUCACGCAAGCUUAGUGCGAAGGAGCAGAGGGACUGCGAGAUCAUCCAGCGCCUCAUCAAGUGCUACUUCCUCAUUGUCCGCAAAAGCAUCCAAGACAGUGUGCCAAAGACGGUGAUGCACUUCCUGGUCAACUUUGUGAAGGAGCAUCUGCAGAGUGAGCUGGUGGGUCAGCUCUACAAACAGACCCUGCUGCAGGAGCUGCUCGUUGAGUCCGAGGACACGGCACAGCAGCGCACCGAGGUGGCUCAAAUGCUUGAGGCACUCCAAAAGGCCAAUAACAUCAUCUGUGAGAUCCGGGAGACACAUCUGUGGUAGCCAGAAGAAAAGAGUAAUUCGCUUGUCAUAGGACAGGUUUCUAGAGUAUGAGUUUACACAGAGUGUGUGUGUGUGUGUAUGUGUGAGUGUGUGUGUGUGUGUGUGUGUGUGUGUGUGUGUGUGUGUGUGUGUGUGUGUGAGUGUGAGUGUGUGUGUGUGUGUCAGCACAUUUUGUCAUGGACCAAUGAGCACAGCACAUCCACACCUUUUUCCCUCAGCGGUCCUGACCAGUACACUCGAGCUGUUGCUCUCACGAUGAACGUUGUGUAGUCAAGCAAAGUGAUUAAAUACUCAGGCCGAAAGUGUUACUUUACAGUUGAAAUGUCAAACGCAAAGCUACAAUCUUUUUGUAUAAUUUGUGACAGUAGGUUUUGUUGGAUCGUAAGACUUUUGCUGUAAAUUUAGGAUUGUCAAUGGAUUCCGUUGUACCCGAUGGUGUUUUCUUUCGAUCAAAAUGUGUUUUCACUGUACAAUUCCACCAAAAAAAGAGUUGCAGAUGCUGCAACUGUGCUAGAUUACAUGUUUUCUAACUUUAAUCCCCUUUAUUCAUCUCACCAGAGAAAUUAAAUCCACUUAAUUAAUGUUGACCCCAAUACAACACUGAAGAUAGACUGUGGUUAUUUACAGAAAUUACUGGAUAAAUACAGAUUUUUUUACAGCUCUUUUCUGCAUAUCGAUAUCAGGUUUAAAUUCCAGAGACUAGAUUUUCAUAUCGACUCAUUUAUUCUGUUGUAAUGGCUUUUGUGUGUAGUCAAUAGAGAAAAACAUUUCAACGUUUGCAGGUUUGAAGGAGAUGAGUUGGGAAGCUAUAGUAUCUAGAGUGUAUAUAUUCUGUAGUAUCUAGAAAAAACAAAUGAAUUGAAUAUUUAAUAAUAGUCAGAAGAUGAUGUAAUACCUCAUCAGUUGAUUCAAGAGCCAGAUGUUCUCUAGCUCCUCUUUAUUUCCUCUAGCCAUUUGUUCACUGGGUUCUCUUCUUAAGAUGGAUCCCUGUUAUUGUCCCUGUCCAGUAGGAAGGACAGUAUCCAAGUAAAAGAUUAUUGAGAUUAUGCAGAUUCCUCCUGCAUGCAGAGCAUUUUGCUUCUGUGCCGAUCAUGAAUUAAUCGUGUAGUAUUGAUUGAUGUUCAUACAUUUCUGUUUCUCCCAGUUUAGGUUUUUGUUAAUUUUUGUAUCCGUUCAUGUAAAUCUCCUUUCAGAGCAAAAACAAAUACUUAACCUAAAGAUAAGCUUUUUAACAAUCCCGUAACAAGUCUUUCUUCUGUGUGAUCAGGGAGAGAACACAACGUCCGUCUGUCUUUCUGAAAGCCUCGUUCGAUUGCAUGUGUGUGUUCCGUGUGCAUGCGUGGACUUAUGAAUGGCGGCUGUAUGUAUAUUUUGUGUUAUUUAAAUGCAUUUUAUUAUCAUGUGUCAACUGCCUAGGAGUUCUUGUCUGCCAAUAUUUGUGAUACAUGUCUGCUGAAAGAAGUCUGUGGAAAUUGGUGGGACUCAUUAAACCCUAAAAAAAGGACA